UUACGUUGUUCAUUUGAGUGCUGUGCAGGCGGUCACGAUAAUACCACAACAUUGCUAGAUAAGUACAAUCAAAGGAUUUUUCCCUUUUCCUGGUCAGAAAAGUUACAUAUGGUGUCAACAAUUUUAAGGUGGCCGGCAGAGAAGUGAAUACAAGUUUGAGCCCUGGCAAAAUUACGUUUCGAAAUUAAUUAUUGAGUGAGUCAGUGAACAGUGUUCGGCGCGACUUUCUUUCAACCGGAAAAUUAGUUUCCUUUUGCCGCCAAACGAAUGAAAAGUGGACACAUCGGUGUUGCGAUGUCUUUAAAUUAUAUCUUAUUUCGUCAUGCUGAAUAAAAAAUUUAAUGAUUAAGUACUAGUUAGUCUAUGAAUUAAACUUAUCACUUUUUCAUUACUAAUAUCUGCUUUUGCAGUUCAUGUUUUGUUCAGUAAUCAGUCGUUCUAUUUUUCAAAUGAAAACUCUUGUUUGAUUUGUCUAUAUGUGCCUUACCUGGUGCUGGUAUUUCAGAAUUUUCAAAAAUGGUUGCCACUGAUGCUCAAUCUCAAAUUGCUGCUAAGCCAUUGAAAUAUCCGAAAUCUACGUUUUUCAUAAUCGGCAAUGAGUUUUGUGAGCGCUACUCUUACUACGGAAUGCGGGCGAUUUUGGCACUUUAUAUGCGAAAUGUGUUACUCUAUGCGGAACGGGAGGCAACCAUCAUUUUUCACAUUUUUAACUUUUUGUGCUACAUAUUUCCAAUCUGUGGAGGAACGUUGGCGGAUGCCUACAUUGGACAAUAUAAGACAAUAGUUUAUUCAUCAAUAAUUCACUCGGUUGGGAAUGUGCUCCUGGCGCUUGCAGCAACACCAUGGUUCUUCUCUCCAAGAGUUUUUUCUUUGCUGGCGCUGAUAUUGGUGGCGGCUGGGGCUGGACUGAUGAAACCUUGCAUCAGCACUUUCGGGGGUCAGCAGUUCGUGCUGCCGCAACAGGCCAAGCAACUCGCUACGUUUUUCUCCAUUUUUUACGUGAGUUGCAACGUGGGCGCGUUCUUAUCCGCCAUUACGAGUCCUAUCAUUCGACAGGACAUCAAGUGUCUCGGUCAACAAUCCUGCUACCCUCUUGCCUUCGGCGUGCCGGCUAUCCUCAUGCUCCUUGCACUUGUGCUCUUCAUUUGCGGGAAACCCUGGUAUAAAAUGCUGAAACAUGGAGGAAGUAUCCCUUUAACUGCUUUAAAGUGCAUUUUUUACGGGUUAAGAAGAAGGCUUUUGUCAAAUAAGAAACAAGAAGUCUCUUCACACUGGUUGGAAUGCGUAGCUGACAAAUAUGACCCACAAAUGCAGGCAGAUGCUCGUGACGUUCUAAGAGUGCUUGCCAUGUAUAUUCCAGUGCCCAUGUUUUACGCCCUGUAUGACCAAGUGGGCUCCAGCUGGAUAUUCCAAGCUUCUAAAAUGGAUGGAGUUGUACCAAACUGGUUCAUUAUCAAACCGGACCAACUGGCAUUUUUGAACCCGCUCGUUUGUAUGUUGUUUAUACCAAUGCUCGAGCUCUUCAUUUAUCCGGCGCUAGCAAAAAUCGGGAUCAGGAGGCCUCUGCAAUACAUCACCGUUGGAGCCGCUUUAUGUGCAUUAUCCUAUGUUAUGGCUGCUUACGUAGAGGUUAAACUCGAGCCAUGCUAUGCAAAAUUGCCGUCGCCUGAAUUAGGACAAUUGAGGAUCUUCAAUGGUCUUCCGUGUCCACUAGAACUGCAGCCACCGAUUGAUGGUGAACAGUUUAUUUCACCACUUGGGGCGUUGCAAAGGACUGAACUUCAGGUGGAAAAAACUCGAAUUUUGAGAGAGGAUCUAAUUUUGAAUGCCGGUUUGCCUUGCAUGAACGUUGGUGUGCCCGAAAACUGGACGAGGGAAAUUUCUCUUUCCGAGGAGGAGAGCGUUUCAUACAUCAUAACCGAUAUGGGUGGAACUAUUGAUCUGCUGAGAGUCCCAGGAUUUGACGAUGUUUCGAAAUCUCAAAUCAAUGCACCGAAGUUGAGGGUAAUUCAUAACUUUGCCGGACCUCUAACUUUAAAGAGUCAGUAUGGGAGUGAGUUGACAUUCAAGCUUCUGGAGUCAGACGUAGUUACACCAUUGAUUGAGGUAGACUCUGGCACUUAUGACGCCAUGUAUGGGGAUCAAACGGUUCUAUCGAAUCUUCAGAUUGAGAGUGGAGGUGUCUAUACAUUGGUCAUACAGACGAUCGAUUCCAGAAUUGUUGGUAAUCUGCACACAAUCACGCCACCAGCUACAUUACACUUGCUGUGGAUGAUACCUCAAAAAACCGUCAUGUCGAUCGCUGAAGUAUUUUUUGCAAUGACAUACGUAUCAUUCACUUUCACUCAGACUCCGGCAAAGAUGAGAUCAAUCAUGCAAUCAUUUUUAUCUAUGAGCAUGUCAUUGGGCAGUGUUGUCGUAGUUCUCGUCGCAAGUGUUGGAUUCAAAAGACAGGCAUAUCAAUUUUUGUUAUACGCCGGCCUCAUGUUUUUGGACGUCAUUUUGCUUAUACUGCUGUCUUUACGGUACAAAUACAGGGAAAUCUCCCCAUCUGAAGAUAUCGAGCCGUUCCGAGUUGAGGGAGCUCCAAGCCCUGAGGACGUACCUGGCCAAGACACUACAAAACCACAGCAAAUGGCAGAAACUGCGAGGGAAAAUUUGUGCGACGAGAGUUGAAGUUCAUUGGUGGAAGGAAUAAAAGUUGAUAAGACUUCGUGAUGUGGAUCGCUAACAGUUUAGUAGAGACAUCAAAAAAUUAGUUUGUUACUUUGAAGUGACGCGACGGUUUGAUCCAAGGAAGGCGGUGGGGGAAUAUGGAAUCGAAGGAAAAAAUUAAGUAUACAACCAUCACUGGAAAAAAAAAAAAAAAAA